AUGACGACCAGCACGCAUCAGUAUAAUUAUAAUAGGAGGAAUUCAAACACAACCCCAUACACAAUCCCUUACAAGAAUCAGCAUCCUUCCUUGUCUUUGCAUGAUGAAAAAACAUCUCAACUAUCUACAUCCUUUCAACAAAACUACGAAGACCUUCCUUCUGGCACUCGGCAGUACCAACAAGCAAAUCCCCAGCAUAGUAAUGAUGCCACGACUCUACCUAUGACACUGCACCAACAAGGACACACAAAAUAUCAGUCUAAUGACACCCUAUCGGCAAUUGCAUCACCUCCACUAUCGUCACAACCAGUGCCCAAACUCUCAAGGGAAUUUGUUGCGCGUAGAAUCAGCGAAGGGGAAACAGGAAGAGUGAAGGAAGAGUUAAGAUGUGAGGCAUGCGGGAAGGGGUAUAAGCAUAUCUCGUCAUUAGCCAAGCAUUUAUGGGAACACACUCCCGAAUGGAAUGUCACCAAGAAAUUACUCAUUUCAAAACACCAACAAGUGCAACUAUUGGAAGCAGCUAGUAUUCUUGUAGGUAUGAAUGAGCAUGGCAACGGAAAUAAUAAAAUAGUUGAAAAUGGCAUGCAAACCGCACGAGAAAGAAUUCAUAAGCGAGCAGUCUCGGAACAGUUCACUUCGAGUCUGGACUCACCUUUUUCACCAACAAGAGAACCAAGUGUUGAGCCUUCUUCUGCUAUUGACAACUCGCUGAGCACGCCAACGCCGCCUAUUUCAGCACACUAUGACUUGGAGAAUAAAUAUGUUGAUCCGGUGAAUGGUAACUGCGAUGAAUAUCAAAUAAAAACAGAUUCUGCACAUUCCGUAUCUCAAUAUUCGCCUUCUCGCCCGAAAGUUACUCCCUCAUCUCCGCUGUUGAGCGAUACACAAUACACAAAUCAUACAAGUCAAAACUACGAAGCCGUACCGCAUAGUGAACAAAAGGAGUCAAAGACACCUCUACAGAGCAAUUUUUCAGCAAAUGAAAACAACAACAAUAACAAUAAUAAUAAUAAUAGUAAUAGUAGUCGUAGGAAAACAGUUCAGAACAAAUUCGAAUAUCCCGUUAAAGCUAACUUCAUUAUAAUGGAGGAGCCGAUGAAUUAUGCAAAAAAGAGUAAAAAACUGGCAGGUGGACACCAAGUUCAUGAGGAAAGUAUAGUUGGCAAAAUGGAGGAGAGUUCGUCAUCAUAG